UCAUAGGUAUCGAGUUUUGUAUUACAUCAACACUUACUGUUCAUUAGUUUGGUUUAGUGUAUCUUGAGGGAUAGAUAUUUGGAGAUGUACAAUAAUUUUGGAAUCUAACCCGUGCUCUAAGAUCGAUAUUUUAUAAUCUUUAAUGAUAUAUAGAUCUAAUAAAUAGACUUUUUUAUAUGGGUUAUAUACAUUUUGUUCGUAAAAAUGGUGUCUUUUAACAUAAUAACCGUUGCAUUCUGCUCCAUCCUUUUCAAUUAUGCAGUGGCAUCUCCACAAGAGGAGGCUGUACCAACUAAGCAGGUGAAUGGGAGUCAUUUACUGUUUGAUGAUAUGAAAAUGUUGUAUGAUGUAAUGCGCAGCAUUGAUGAAAGCAUGUUGAAAAGCAUUCUUGAGAAGAAUUUUGAGGCUGUUGGCAUGGAAGCUACAUCGGCUACUAAAACACAUGACGCUCUGAAGGCUGUAAAACAAUUAAUCAAAACCGAUGCACCUUUCAACACAUCGGACUUUGACACACUCGAUUUGGAAUAUCUCUCAGGGCAAUCUAAUGAAGAGCUGUUGAAGCUUCUGAUUGAGGCAAUAUAUGGUAUGGAAAUCAUAAUUGAAAAAACUAACUCUUUUGUGGGAGAGAGUGCAAAACAUUCCGAUAAAUUGGACACCGACUUGAGACAGUACUACUGGGAUAAUAUUUACGAUGACCAGAGUGAAUAUAAUAAGGACAAAUUAAGCAACCUAUACAAAGCAUUCAUCACUGAUUCUGGCGCUUUGAGAAUCGCAUCGGAGGAACUUAUAAAAUUCGAAACAAGGAAAGCUCAAAAGGAUGACUACAGAUUUAUCAAUCCUUCUUCAACUUCGGAAGCCGAAACACCCUCUCCAUCGUCUGGAGAAAAUACUGCAGCACAACCUCCCAAACCUGCCGAGACCCCUAAGCCUACUGGAUCUUCUUUCACCUAUGGCGGAUUGACUGUGGCCACUCUCUGCUACUUCGUUCUCUCUGCAUUUUAAUAACUAAUGGUAGUGACACAAUAGUUUUGUAAACUCAUGUUUU